ACAACCUUAAAGGACAAGCACUUGUUUUUGUAUCUUGAGUGUAGAGGUUAUUAACCAGCUGAUACGUUACAUUCUGCUAAACACGAUAUGCUACAUCCAGUGAAUAUUAAAAUUGUAUUUACAUCUAGCAAUGACACGCAGGUAAUUGCCUAUAUGUGAAGAUGAAGACACACCCUCACUGUCUCCUUACUGCCUCUGCACCCUUUCUCGCCACUGCUCAAUCACAUUCGUGUCGACUGCCCAGAGUCCACGAACAUAACCUACCCAUAGCUCUACACCCAAAGGAUAUAGGAUAUACCACUAUCAAAAAGAAGAGAAAAAGGGUCUCCUUGUUGAAACAUGUCCCUCUAUAGUUUCGGAUUGGAGCCUCUGUCCUGUCAUGCAUGGAACAAAGACCGGACACAAAUUGCUGUUAGCCCCAACAACAAUGUUGUGCAUAUCUACCAAAGCAAAGAAAAAGAAUGGAUUAAGAUUCAUGAACUGACCGAACAUAGUGGGCGAAUUACAGGCAUUGAUUGGGCCCCAGAGUCCAACCGUAUUGUGACAUGUGCCUCAGAUAGAAAUGCCUAUGUGUGGACGCUUAAGGAUGGGGUUUGGAAGCCAACCUUGGUGCUGGUUCGUAUCAACAGAGCUGCCACAUGUGUCAAGUGGUCACCUCUUGAGAAUAAGUUUGCUCUUGGAAGUGGGGCUAAACUUAUUUCGGUGUGCUACUUUGAAAAAGAAAAUGACUGGUGGCUGAGUAAGCAUAUCAAAAAACCAAUUAACUCAACAGUCCUGUGUCUGGACUGGCAUCCCAACAACAUGCUGCUGGCAGCCGGCUCUGCUGAUCUCCACUGCAGAAUAUUUUCUGCAUAUAUUAAGGACAUUGAGGACAGACCUGGACCGACACCCUGGGGAGCCAAAAUGCCCUUUGGAGAGGUGCUGCUGGAGAAUAAAGAGUGCGGUGGCUGGGUACACAGUGUCUGUUUCUCUCCAUCUGGUGACACUCUGGCCUGGGUUAGCCACAACAGCGCCAUUAGUGUAGCGGAUGCCAAUCAGGGAAAAGAGGUUACCCAGCUGACAACAGUACAUCUUCCUUUGCUGAGUGUGCUGUAUGUAAGUGAGACUACGAUUGUAGCUGCGGGCCACGACUGUUGCCCUUAUCAGUUUUCAUACAAGGGUCCUGGAAGCUUGGAGUUUGUGAAGAAAGUAGACAUUCCUAAACAGACUUCCAAAGGUAACAUGUCUGCUAUGCAACACUUCCGUAAUCUGGACAAAAAAGCUACUACUGAGGAUGAAGAGACUGGGUUGGGUCUACACCAGAACAGCAUCACCCAGCUCUGCAUUCUGGAAGGACGUAAGGACAAAGUAGAAAAAUUCAGCAGCGUAGGCUUAGACGGUGCCAUGGUUGUCUGGGAUUUCAAGCACUGAAACACCACAGGAUCUGAGAGGAAGAGCUGGAAACAACUCCAAAGUCUUUUUUGCUUUCUUAUUGAUAAUCUGUGACCAUGUUUUUUGUUUACUCAGACACUUUUUAGCUUUUACUACAGUAGUUGCUGUAGUAUGCUGAUAUGAAUAUGGCUGAUGUUGGGAUGGGUGAUUUCAAGUUUGUCAUAUGCAAUAAUUGUUAUGCAGUAUUAUCCUUUAAAAAAUGUAUUUUUUCCAAACAAAAAUAAAUGAUUAUAUGGCAUCAUAAA